UCUCAUAUCCAAAUAUUCGUGAAUAAUAUGUCCAACACGUUCCUUUGAUAUCUUUAGGGUGUCAGCUAUCUCGAUCAACUUCACUUUACGGUCAUUGAAAAUCAUUUUGUGGAUUUUUUUCACGUUUUUAUCGGUAACAGCCUCUUCUGGACGACCACUGCGUUCAUCGUCUUCGGUGCUCAUAUGACCAGUACGAAAUUUUGCAAACCACUUACGAAUUGUUGCUUCGCCCGGUGCAGAGUCUGGAUAACACUCAUCAAGCCAUUUUUUGGUAUCGGCGGCACUUUUUUUCAUCAAAAAGUAGUGUUUCAUCAACACACGAAAUUCCUUUUUUUCCAUUUUUUUCACAAUAACAAAAGUAGCUUCACUCAAAAUGCAAUAUCUCACAAACUAAUAAUCAGACAGCUGUCAAAUUUAUACACGUAUCUUUUGAUGGUUGGUACUAACUGAAAAUGGUAUGGAUUUAAUUCUAGUGGCGCCCUCUCAUAGAAACGAUACAAACUUUUCAGCCGAUCUGUUACGUCAAUGCCUCUAGCAAUCCCGUUUGACUGUCCCUUGUAUUUUUUAAACGUAUCCGCAAACUAUGGGAUUUUAACUGACUUCGAAGUCCUAUUAAUAGACUUUCGAUUGCGCUGUUAUGCUUGUCGACAACUUUGUAUCGCGCUCCAUCGAUUUCCAUGUUCGAUCGCAAAUACGUAAGAUGCUAUUGACACUAGAAAACCUUUCAGGUCGAGGCUGAAACAUAUUUCAACUGGUUUGCGCGAUGAGUUCCUUAUCCAUCGAAUCGCAGGCUCUCAGACCCAGUUUAAUUAACAUUGACUUAAAUACUAUGAAGUAGUGGGACCAGUUUUUCAAAUCGCUAUUUGCGGCAUACCUUGCCGUCUCCCUCUCCUCCUACAAUCGAUUUCUGAAUGGCAAAUGGUGGUACAAAGGGAAGCAACGGCUGAUACGUUUGUAGUUGUUAUCAUAUGAGAACUAUGAUAUGACGUAUCUAGCAUACGCCGCUUACUUCGAUAUAACAACUAUAUUGUUUCUUCGUGAGUUGUCUAAUCGAGCAAGUUAUGACAGUUUGAUUUGAUUUCGUUCAAUUUUGAACACUAAUUUUUAUCCAGGAAAAAAAGGAUUCUUUUCUCCAUUUGUUGCAAUUCGACUUUUGGUCUUACGGGUUUUCGUAGUUCUUUGUGUUCUUAUCGACCUCAAUCCACUCGAUUGUGGCAUGAUAUGUGAAUCACAAGUUGUCAAUGCUUGUAGGCAUACGAAUUCCCCCCGAAAACACCGGUAGGACGUUAGAAGAAAAAAAAGCAAUGACCAAAAAUAGACAUCAAAUUUCAAAUUCGACUGAUUUAGAAGCUGCUUAGCAUAGUAAAACUAUGUUGGUUUCGUAGUAGGCUAGUCGGUGUAAAAAAAUUUCUUGAUUGAACCGAUUGAUUCAAGCACAAAUCUGUUAGUGAUAAUUUGAAUAGGCAAUUUUGAAGUGCCGCCGCAGUACGAUUUGUGCUACAAACAAGGCCGAGAAAUUCGCUCUUAGAUUCGGUUCUUGCACUAUCUUGCGCGUUCCAUUGUUCUCAUUUGUAUGUAGUUAGUUUACAAACAAGUUCGCAACAAUAAUAACAACAACAACAAUACUACUAACGAGGGCCACUUUUGCAAGCACCGCUGCGUCACUACUCACUAGCAUGCAGCCGUAUCAUUUCAGGGUUAGUCAUAGAGGGGCAACAAUUCACAACACAGCAGCAGCUCACAUGUCGUCGUUGUGCUGUCUCUCUCUUUCUCUUUAUCUAUGUUUCAGUUUGCAAAGUUGAUUGCUGUGAAUCAUUCGUUGUUGUGAGCAGUGUGCCUUGGAAAGCUACGCGACCGUUGGCUCACACUGCGAUUCCCCUGAGGAAAAACAAGCGGCCAGAAAGAGAAGCCAGAAUAGAAACACAAACGGCGGGGGAGUUGGGGGUUAGAUGGACAUCUGAUUGGGCAACAUGUUCAUGCAAUUGCCGAGCGAGUUGAGUCAAACAAAACAAUCACUCUGAGGGAAGAAAAACUUUUCUUUUCGUCUUACCCCGGAUUCCUCCGUCAGACAAAAGUAGUUGUUGAUCUUUUGCAGUUAUUCCGAGUAUGGCGUAAGCAAAAGAAUCAAGUCAGUGGUUAAUAGUUUCGUCAUCAGUUGCUGCUGGUCGGUUAGAACUUGAACUAGUCGAGGUAGGUGCGGAUACUAAUUGGUCACGAAGUUGUUCCAUUGCGAAGUUUACGGUGGUCACGGUAGGUCUACUAUUUUUCGGUGUUUGGAUCGUUAUCGGAAGAGGGUUGAGGUUAACAGGUGUGGAGUUCGUCGUUGAUAAGGUUUUGCGUUGUAUCUACAGAGUAGUAUAGGAACACUACUACUACUACUACUACUUGCUACUACCAGCGUUAGUCAGUUCGUCGGCAGCUUCGGUCAGUGUGCAACACAGUAGUACGUUUCGUGACCGAUUUGUGUGUUAUUGUCUUCGGAUGAGACUAGUGUACAGUGCCAACAGAUGCUAAUUCGCAAGUUGGUAGUUCUGUGCUAAUUGAACGACUUCGGUUUUCGGUGGUGAAAGCAACACCAAUGAUAGCAGGCAACAGUGCAACAGUGCAACCCAAAUGCAGAUGAAGGCAGAAAACAACUCGAAGGCCGAUAUUAUGAAAUUUCAUAACUACAGUAGCCCACCAGAGAAAGGGAAGACACGAUCAAUCAGCGCAUUAUCAGACCAAGGAUCCGUAGAGCAACGAUUGGAUUCAGUACAACAGCAAUCGGUACAGCAACAACAACAUCAGCAACAACAACAGCAGCGAGUGUCGUCGAUUCAGCAGCAACUACGUCAACAGAAGCAGGCCAGCCUGAAAAACAAAAUUACUCCCCAGCAGCUGCUACAGCUGCAGCAGCAGCAACAGCGGCAACCGCUGGCCAAACGGAUCCGAUUGGAGUCCGUUCCGAUCAAACAGGAACAGGACCUGGAUCAGGAGCAGGAGCAGGAGGAGGAGGAGGAGGAGAUAGACACAUCGGCCACCGAGUCCGAAACGGAGAUGGACCAAACGGGAGACGAGAAUAUGGUGAUCGUGUCCCAUCCUGCCCAACGAUUAGACGCCGGUGCGCUGAAGGUUAAAGGAACAACGGUGCUGGUCACAGAGGAAUCCGACUCGGACGACCGGCAGGAUCGGCGCAAUUUUAAGCGCAAAAUGGUUAGCAAACCGACCAACACAAACACAUCCACCAAGGUGAAACUGCAGAUGGUGCACGAGUUUCCCACGCUGUUUUUGGGACUGAGGCGUAACCGAAUUUUCCUGGUGAAUUCGUUAGCGCAGAGCUUCGAGCUUAACCAGCGGGAUAUCAUUUUGACGCUGCGGAAAAUCAAACUCAAUGAACACAACGCCCGGUUGGCCAGUGUUUUCGGACUCACUGACGGAGAGGUGGAAAUCCUGUUCCGCACGAGCGUGCCUAAAAUAGCGGAUUGUUUGCGAAAUUUCAUCGUCUGGCCGGACGAUAUCACCAUGAAGCUGAACGUUCCUAUCAACCUGCGGCAACACUUCAACAAAAUUCAUCUCAUCCUGAACUAUCUGGUGAUCAAAGUUCGGCAGAAUGCCGUCAAAUAUCUCUCUCAGGCUCAGAUGGAAUCGUCGUACUGUGAGUUAGACCAGUGUCACAAGCUGAAAUACCUGAUUGCGUCCACGCUGGACGGUUGUGUGUGCUUUGUGUCCCGGGGCUUCGGCAUUCAGACCGACGACGAGGCAGUACUGGCACAGUCCGGCUUUCUGACGAAAUUCAAAACCAACACGAAUCUGAUAGCCGGUAAAAAUUUCCACAAUUUCGAGGAUCGCCUUACCAAUGGCAACGCGCACGAUCAUGAAAACAACAACGGUGGCAGUACGACCGGAAGGGGCGGGGGUGCGCACGGAAGGCCCGGUGCUGGUACCGGAAACGAUUCCGACCUGGAGCGAACGUUGACGAUCAACAACGAGGACGAUAACUUCGAGGAAAUUGUGUCCGAGAAGAUCAGUAAAAGUAGAACAUUCAAGCUGAAAAAUUACAUCGAAAGCGUGCUGGAGAGCUUUCAGGAUCACAUGAUUCUGUCGCCGACGGCUUGCGUCGAUGGCAAGACACUGGAGCUGCUGGACGAUGUCGUCGUGAUCGUCGGGGCGCUCAUCAACCUGCAGAAACAGGAAGUGGAGUAGAGGUGUAAGUUUACAAAAUGAAAAAAAAACAGAAAACCUUUGUUAGUAGGAUCCAUAUCGAUAGGAAGUUAGGUCGAUAAUAGCACUGCUGUAGAACUCAAUUUCAUUUCUUUUCUGCUUGGAUUUCUAUUGGCUAUUUUUACUUUGUUGACGAUUACCAUUUUCUUGGAACAUGCCGUCAGCCGCAACCGGGAUGCAGCGGUGUCGAGGUAGAGAAAUGUUGAUGCCAACCCCCCUGGGUACGCCACAGAAAGAGGGUGGACACACAAAAAAAAAACAUUAUGUAAUGCGCUAGCUCGUAUUGUAGAUAAUUUAUCAUUAUUGGUAUUACACCUUACUAAACUACUAAUAUAACUAAAAUAAAGUUUAUCAAUGAAAUGUAAUGAAAUCCAUUUUGGAAAAUAGGCGAACAAAAAAAUGCAAUGUUAUUGAUUUCGACUGUCGACUAAGAGUAGAACGGAGGCCCAAGGUUCAACGUUGCAGAAGGUUGGGGUUGAUGUGGGAUACUUGAUUGCGCGGGACCUUUCACUGAGUUGGAUUAUCUUGCUGUUUUUUUAGUUUACCGACACCACACGUGAAUCAUGUCGUUUAUUCUAAGCAGUUAGAUCUUUAAUCCGAUGAAUCUUAUCAUCAAAUACAGUUAUUUGAAUGCAGGAAUCCAACUACUUUGCCUAAACAAACUAUGGCUGCUCCUUUGCUUCAAUAGUGUUCUCAUCUGUUGCAAACUGAAAUACACCGAUGUAGCAUCAAUAACAUUUGCUUUGAUUAUGACUUACUCCAGGCAUUCUUGACCAUUUUAAACCGAUGUAGACUCCAAUCAUAAAUCAAAUAAAACUAGAUUUUCCAUUGUACGGAGACAAAUUGUGCUCCAAUCUAGACAACUAAAGCGUAUCUUCGUGCGAAAAAGCUUUCACUGAUCUAGUAGCCAGUUUACACUCCACUGAGUAGUUUCAUAGCUUUCGAGUUGGAAAACGUAACCUCACAAAUCAAAACUAUUCAAGGACCGGCAAACAGAUAAAUUGAUCGAAACAGAAUCAAUGCAUUCCAUUUUGCUAGAAAACCAGGGACAUUUUUUGGAAAUUCGCAGCUCAAGUUUAUUCGCCGUUGUUUUUACACACUCGACGCAAGCAAUCGAGGAACGCAUCGUACCAAAACCCGCAGUUACUUCUGUGGUAUAUCAUCCCUGACUGUCGCCAGUUUUAGAGCCGAUUUCAGCCUCUAACGUAGUCUAUUCAAUUCUACCACCGUUGGAGAAUAUUUCGCAGUUCUGAGUUCGACUUUCUUCGCUUUGUGAAACGAGUCCUGUUGGAAACAACCCAGAUUUCUCUAAAGGCGCGCCUCUAGACGACUAUCACUACGGCAGGUGUCACCACAGUAGCUUAGUACCUGCGAUCAUCAGGUAUCUUUUGACUGUGCAUAUACAAAACUUUGGCACAUACUUAUGUCGUUUUCGCUUGAGAAAACUAAAACUGACCCAGGGUAGUUGCAUCAAAAAACAGAUUUCACGGAACUGUGUUGGGUUCGCACUUGGCAACAGGGGUUUGAGCAAACCUGAUUCGAAACUGACUCGAUUUUCAGUUCUACAACGUUAAAACUAGGAUCGAAACAAGCUUCAAACAAACGGUUUUGACAGCAGUUAGGGUGGAAACUGGGUUAGGUUUGGCAUCAAGCGAAAACGACAUUAAAUUGCUCACCAAAUAUGUACUUUUGUCGUUUUCCAGUUGGAAACACAAAACCAUAUCACAGAGUGAGAUCUGCUAUCUCGGUGCGAUGCAUUGACUAACGCAUUUGUUGUUGAACACGUCGUUUGUCAGAUCUUUUACGCAUGUUAUUCUUUCAGAAGCAUUCGAAUUCUUUUUCUCGUCAACGAAAUGGUCGAUCAUGUGUCAAAUCGGGCGAAUGUAGAUUGUUGUAUUCUGUAGUUUGGACAACGAGUGUCGAGACAGCGAAAAUUAAUUCAAAGUUGGUACUAAUUCCCAGUAGAAUAAAAUUUAUUUGGUCACAUGGCUACAUUUAUUUGAACAAUUUCUUCAAACUCACGAUAAAAUGAUAGGUGAAGCACACCGUAAACUGCCAUUUAAUGUCAUCUUCAUCAAAAUUCCGAUUCUGGCAUGAAUGGUUCCCAGCCAAAUACAAUAGCCUUUUUUGGAUCUAUAUAAUAUAGAUCUAAAAAGCAAAACCUUAGUAUUAAAUUUAUUUUGUGGUAUUUGGCCUUCUGUUUCAACAGACUCCGCAGCCGAUUCUCAGCGUACAGAAUUAUUGCAUGGCUGGUGCUACGUACCUACUGACACUAAGAAUUCUUUUUACUGACCUAAAAAGAACAUACUACAACUGGCUUGUACCUAACCACGCUACAACCACAAAUUUACUAUAGGCUACCUGCGCAGCUCCGGAAGCGCCACCAUGUGGCGUAUAGCAUCUGCAGCGCGGUGCGCUGCAUCGAUCGCAUGAAAUGACCAACAAAGUGUGAUAGCUUACAAAGUUUACAAUGGUCUCUAUUUUCUUCAUUUACAUUAACGCAACUGAAAUUUUGAACACUUCUGUCCGCAUUAUAUGCAAAACCCAGAUUUUUUGGUGAGUUUCCACAAAAUUUUUGUAAAUAUAAAAAAAUAGGUGUAGGAUUCGCUCGAAUUUUGGAAAUUAACCGAUGCAAGGAAGGCCAUCCGAUUCAGCUCGACGAACUGUUGUGUGUUGUUCACAAAGAGGUCAAAGGAAAGGUGUUCUCGUCAGCUAGUACACAACUGAUCGGUUCAGCGAUUUGAUGUUUACUUUUUAAGUUUUUUUUUUGUAAUAGCAAUAAUUGGAUUGCAUAGUUUCAAGCCAUAGAUUGUAAAAAUCCAUUCACUUUUAACAGAGUGCUCAGUGGUCCCAAUCACAUCAAAAUACGUUUUCUGUUUGAGUUUCAGAAGUUGAUUUUGGGUCUUCAUUGCAUUCAGAAAAACUUUUGUUUGGAACUGUCUUCUUCUUUGAAUAAAAUCAAAGUUGUCAUUAAUCCACUUAGAAGUGAGUUAUAAGUUUUAAUUUGCAUACAUUGCGUGGUAGUGAAUUCAAGACUUUUGAAGAACACAGAACAGAACAUGUUACUACAAAAAAUAUGCCGAACACAUUAGCCUUUUAAAAUGCAUUUGUGUCGACAGUGUUGGUGAUUGCUGAAAAUUUGACAGAAGCUGCUCGAUUUUUAUCUAUAUUGUAUACAACAUUUUCAAUCCGGUAGAAGAUACUACAAGAAUUCGAGUCUCUCAAUGCAUGAACCUCGAGAGAAUUUUUCUACAUUUCUUCGCUCCACUUCAUACUCUGAGUAUUUCAUGGCCUUUAAAGAAAAUUUCAGUCUGAUAAUGAAUUGUGUCUGUGUGGAAUUUACCAAGAGAGAAUUGCAAGUUGACAAUUAUCGCAGAAAAUCGAAUCGAUGAUUCGACUUGAUGAUUCUCAUACUAGGUUGCAAAAUUAUAAAACCCUUGCGUGGAGCAUUCACAUACAUUUUCAUAGACACAAAUUAUACAAAGGUAAUAAGCACAUAGUUAGAAUAAGCGGCAAUAGUAAAAUGAUUCUAUCGCAAUUAUCCACUGCCCAUACAGAAUCGGAUCGCGAAACGAGAAUAAGCGACCGUUUGUUGCUUCAGAGAGAAUCCCCACAGCAGCGUGCUAGCCGUUGAUUCUCACACGGUUCACCGGGAGAAAUUCGCUCUCGUAUAAGUGUCUAUUCUAUGUUAAAUGUACCAUGCCGGUUUUUUUUUGUUGUUGCGGUGAUUUCCGAUUCUCUUUGAUGGCACUGAUUUAAUCGUGGAAGAGUUGCGAGUGAGCAUUCUUUGAUACGAUAAAAGCCAUCCUUGGGUGUCGAUAUAAGGAGCAUAAUUGAUAUGAGGCCCCCAAAUGUAGUUUUUCCAUCAUGACUUUCUUAAACACACGGACGAAAAAGGGAAUAGAGGGAACCACGUGGUGGAUUCACAAUUUAUACGGGACUCACUAUGCUCAGGCCUUAAGUAAAUAUGAAUAUACACUUCUAGAAAUGAGUUUCUUAAGAUUCCUUACUAAACGUAGCACUCUAAUAUGCGUUAGUUGUUCCUUAGUUGUUUCCAAAUCCUGUUGGGAGGUGCUGAAAUGUUCCUUCAUUAUUUCUAUCUGAAACAAAUGAUAACGAACGAGUCUAAAAUAAAACAAUCACUGGUAGAUAAAAACUGACUCGUCGUUUACGUCACUUAUAUCAUCAUAUCUCUGGAACUGGUAAGGAUAGCCACUUGAUCUUCAAACUUCACCAAUAACUCAAUAGUAGCUUUCAAACGAAUCUAAGAUUGUUUUAAUUGGUUCAGCUUUCAGCACACACACACACACACACACACACACACACACACACACACACACACACACACACACACACACAACACACAUACGCACACAGAGAAACAUUUUCCUAUCUCGUCGAGCUGGUCGUCUGAUCGAGCUCGAUCAAAAGUUGUCUUUUUUCCUGUAAUUCUAUUACCAUUUAUAGAAGAAGGCAGAAACAUUGGUGCAAGAGUAUUCAAAUGUAUGUAGUGAGGAUAAUACACAUUUUCGCGCUUUAGCGAGCUAUUUGUGCGCAAAACAGUUCCUUGGAGAAACCCAUUGUCAUUUCGCUCUUCCUUAUUUUAUUCCCUUCCUCAACGAUUUACUAAGGAAUUUAACGGUUUGAAAGAGUUUUUCAAUAACCGUGCUAUACUUCAUCUGAUUAUGCAAAUAAUAUUAAUUAAAAUAGUCGAGUUUAACUUGUAAAACCAUGGUUAAGAAUAUUACAGAGUACCACGCUGACGACGCCAGCCAUCACAAGGUGUCGCUUUAAUCGCUAUUUCGAGAUAUGCAGUUAGCCUAUAGUGUUUGUCUUAUGUGAGUGAAGCAAUGUCUAAUGGUUUACAAACGGACAUUAUUUAUACAGCUCUUUCCUUCGUUUUCGAUAUGACAUCACGGUUGUCAAAUUGGACAGACUUGGAUUCAGUUCGAAUAUUCUUCAUUGGUUCUACAGUCAUACCUCAGGAAUCCUCGUUUAGCAGUUAAAAGUGACGAAUGCACUUCUGAAGAGUUUUUCGCAUCAACCGGAAUACCACAGGGAUGUCCUCUCGGAUUGUUAAUAUUUUUACUGUACUUCAAUGUUGUGAAUUUUUCUCGGGCCCUUGCUUAUCGUUUGCUGAUGAUGUUAAGAUCUACCACAUCAUCCGCAACUUAGAAGACGCAACCCUUCUCCGGCGGCAGUUGUUAAUCUUCCCAGUGUGGUGUAAAGUUACCCGUAUGAUAGUAGAUCCCGACAAGUGCUCGGCUAAUACGUUGACAAGGAAAAAAGUACCAGUCCAUUUCGGAUACCUUCUGGAUGGAUCCUUGAUUGGAAGAUCGACUAGCGCUAAGGAUUUUGGCGUCCAUCUCGAUGAACAACUUAUACCGUUUUCGUUUUUGAACCUACAGGCGGACGACUCUGACUCUUAACACGUUGACUGCCAACCUACGAGAUAACUCGUAUAUUCCGUUCGGAAACGAAUGGUCGUGGCAGUCAACGUGCUAAACAACAACUCAUAAAAAAGGAAAUAAUUAAUCAGCUCGCAUGAAUGUCGUGGUGCGAUCCGAGAAAAUAUUCAGAGCGAAACUACACUACGCUAUUGGAGUCCGAUCUAGAGCCACCCCAGGUUGCUAAAACAAACAUCUCAAAAGUUGUUUGGGUGACUCUGGGUCAGCUUUUGGGCUGCUCUGAUCAAUAAACGAAAACGGUAUUGCAUUCAAGCAACACAUCAGAUCAUUUUAGCUAAAGCUUUCUGUAGCUUAGGAUUCUUAUUGAGGGUGAUCAACCACUUUACAGACAUACACUGUCUAAAAUCCCUUCUUAAGUACUGAUCAGUCGUUUAGAAUCCUCACUACCUAAACGAUAUUCAUAAAUACUGUCCCAGAAAGUAUGGACGCACUUUGAUUUCGCUGUAAAUAAUUCACAAGUGUUAGAUAUUCAAAUUUUAUUCGAUAUACUGAUAAUACUAGACUACAACAACAGAAUAUUAUUUUCAACAUUUGCUACUUAGCCAUUGUAGACUAGCUGGCGAACGUUUCUCAUUAAAUUCCGUACAGAGUUCUUGGCGACAAGUUUUGACACUUUUUCCAAUCCUUUUCGAACUGUUGAAUGGUUUCGGCUGCCGAGAUAUGUUUCCUAAGAUGUGCCUUCGUUAAUGCCCAAAAUUCCUCAAUUGGUCGAAGUUGUGGGCAAUUUGGUGGAUUCAUGUCUUUUGGGACGAAAGUGACAUUUUUGGUAGUAUACCAUUCUACCGUUGGUUUCGAGUAGUGGCAAGAAGUAAGAACUGGCCAGAAGACAACAGGUUCUUUGUAGCUUUGAAUCAUGGGUAGAAGUCGUUUCUGUAAACAUUCCUUGAUGUAUAUUUCGCUGUUCAUUGAAGCAGUGGUGAUGAAGGGUUUCGAAAUCUUACCGCAGCUACAAAUUGCUUGCCAGACCAUAGCUUUCUUACCAAAUUUUUCGACUUCAAUCGAUGCCUCGGACUGGUUUAACACUUGCCCUUCUCGCACCGUAUAAAAUUGUGGUCCCGGCAAGGAUUUGUAAUCAAGUUUCACGUAGGUUUCGUCGUCUAUGAUUAUGUAGUUCAAAUUUCCAGCAAGAAUCGUAUUGUACAGCUUUUGAACCCUCUGCCUGAUCGAUGCUUCUUGUUUCGGACUACGUUUUGGUUGUUUCUGCUUCUUAUGAGUUAGAAGAUUCAAACGUUCUUUAGCACGAAGAACAUUUGACUUCGAAGUGCCCACUUUUUUGCCACAUUUCGAACUGAAACCACCUUCUUUUGCUCGAACGCCUUCAGUAUACGUUUAUCCAACUGAGGGUUUGCAGGACCUUUUUUUCGGCCCGUUUUCGGUUUGUCCUCGAAGGUGUUAUCCUCACCGAACUUCCUGAUUGCAUUUCGCACGGCUUUUUCACUUACUCCUGCCAUUUUUGCUAUCUUGCUCAGUGACAGUUCGCGUUCUGUGCACCAUUUGUACACAAUUUUUCGACGUUGUUCUGCUGAAAGUCCACGCAUUUCGAAACAAAAUAAUGAAAAUGAAUAAACAACUGCACAAGUGGUUAGAGAAGAGUGUAAACAACAGGAUGCAGCCAUAAAAAUUGACAGAUUCUGAACCAUUGCGAAAUGGCAGCGGUUUUUGGUUGCGUCCAUACUUUCUAGGACAGUCUAGAAUCGAGGCGAUACAAGGCAGAUUUGUUCACUUCGGUCUUCGCCGACCGUCGUUGGAACGAUCCUCAUCAACUACCGAGUUAUGAAAGUCGCGGGUUUCUAAUCGCUCUAGAAUCGCUUUUUGUACGACCCAGAGCUCUCCGUAACAGAGCUUUUCCUAGACUUCCUAAACGACGUACCAAUUACGGUGCGCAUGAUUCUGCUAUUGGUUUUCAGAGAUCGUUCAACCUUGUAUCAUCUGGGUAUGAUUUAAAUGUGCCACGAAGCAGAAUACUUACAAUUUUUUUGAAUAUUAUUAGGAAUUAUCAUCGAGCCUAAUUUGUUUCUGUUGAUAUUUUGGAAGAAUAAAAUAAAGUAAUAUCCUUCCAGACACGAUAGACAACCUCGAUGCUUCGGGACAUCAGCUCCAAGUAUUCGUUUGAAACCGUUUGAACUGAACCUCUGCUCUGAGAAGGACGCCUUAUUUUAUUUUACUGCAAUAAUUGAUACAAAAAACAUUUAAUCAAUGUAAUAAUGAUUUUUUUCCUCUCCAGCGCGCACGACCUGGCAUCGCUGCUGGGAAACAAUGUUGUAGCCGAACUUGGUGAGAAAAAUUAAUUGAAAUAUUUUUAAUUCCCUCAUAAAAAAAAUCCACGCCUCCUUGGUUGUGAAAACGGAUGUAAUCGCUAUUAAGACUUUGAACUGUCUCAUGAAUUAUUUGAAUUUUUAGUCAAAGUUUGACAAUCGAGCAUUUUGUUGCUGUUAAAAAUAAUCCAGCUUUAAAGUCUGGUUAUUUCUGACAGUUAUUUUCGGACACAAAAUAAUCUUACCAAAAAUUUUAAUUUCAGAUUUUUAGUUAAAACUUCUUCUAUGUAAUUUCUUUCCAUACUUUCAGUCAAAGAAAAUACUCCAAUAAAAAGUUUCAAUAUAUUUUCUAACGAAGUAAGUUCUUUUUUCAUUCUCUGUAUUACAUUUAUUACACCACUUGAUAUCAUUUUAUUUUCGGUGUGAAAUAAACCUUUCUAUCCGUUGAACUUUGAAAUAGACUGCAGUUUUAGUUAAAUUCUACUACUCGAUAAAAAAUAACUAUCGAAAUAUCAAAUUUCUAACCAAAAGUUAAAAUCAUUCUCGAAAUGGUUCACAGUCUAAGCAUUUGAGUCUUAUGACGCUUUUGGCUAAAUAUUUGGCUAUCCACUUCGAAUCACUGUCGAUGUUCAUUCGUGUAUUUGGGUUUCUUAUUUCUGGUUGAUUACUACAAGGUGUAUAUAUCUGGCUUAAUUGGUUGCAUCCAUAAAAUGCUAUCUUACUAUUAAUAAUUGCUGUUUUAAUACUGUUCGGAAAUCUGGGUUAUGUUUUUGAAGAAUUUCUCGUCUAGAAUCCCACAGGGAAGUCAUCUCUGCCAGUUGAUAUUCUUACUGUACUUCAACGAUUGUAAGAGAGGUUGCCAGAAGAGUCUAAAUUCCUUCAACGGCAACUGGGAGUUUUGCAGUAUGACUUCACCCGAUUCGUCCUAUAUGUCUGACGGCCCGAAAGCUUCGUGAAGGGUUUGGUAUAGUGUGAAUCUGCAACGUUGCCUUGGCAUAUUUAACAUUUGCUGUAAAAGAUUCAAACGAACUUUCACCUCUUAGGAAAGAAGAAAUGCCAAAAUGAAAGAAAAAAUCCACAACUGUUAAACAAAAAUAAACAUCCGUUCAUUCGAGCGACAGACGGUUCGGUGUCGACUAUUUAGUUAAUAAUUACUAGACAGAAAACAAAACAAAACCAUACUCUAAAAUAUGAACCCUAGAGAAGUUUGAUUUUCCAAACGAACCUUUACGAAGAGUUAUUCUUAAUUCAAAUCAGCAGUAACCAGUACUACCGCUACUAAUAUCAUUAUCCUUUUUACUACUAGCGUACGAUAAGCGACGUUUCCGUUUCUAGGUGUCCUCUGCUUGUGUCGUAUUCGCAAUGCCGCAGUAUCAGUGCGCGAUGCUUGUUGGUAGUAGGAAGAACUAUGUAUCUAACUGUAUCCAAAUCAAACAAAACUAUUAUAGCUCUCGUAAUUGAAAUAGGCUGGUAGGAACACACAGAAGUGGUCGAUUCGCUCGAGCUCGUUUGCUGAACGGCAAGUGCGAUCGGAAGCGUUCCGUCGUGAUUGCGUUUCCGUUUUCGAAUCGAGCUUCAUAGAGAAUUCAUGAAUGCUUAAAGAACUAGUUUCUUGAACAACAGUACUGACAAUUACACUAGAAGUUUAGACGACAAAAGGAUACAUAUUGAGUGUAAUAUUGCUAUUACUACAACUAAAUGCUAGUAUCAAAAUAGGAUGUUCUUAUAAUUAACAGUAAAUACUGAGAAUAAAUCAAGGGAAAACAUGAAAAUAAAAAAUACAGAUGGUCUUAUGAUUGGAGAGCUGAUUUAUAUGAAAUCUAGACAAAGAACUGUCACUUGUUAGGAUGUAAAAUAUAGCGUAAAGAUAGAGCGAUCUAAUGGAAACAAAAAUACAGACACUAUGAAAGCAACAACUUUGUAAAUAGAUAUACACAGUUAGGGUAGAAUAAAAGUAAUUCAAUAACCAUUUUUAUCAGCACGAUAAAAAUUAAUAAUACUACUAGGACGUUUUGCUGGAGUUGAAAAUUGAUCGAUUAGGCUGGAGUAGUGUUCUAGAAAUAAAAAGAAAAUAAAAUAAAAAAAAAA